UCGUCUUCUGCGCAUAUUUUUACCCAAAAUGCUUUGACGUUUCCCGUCGCGCCAUCUUUAGAAAACAUUGUGGAAGAAGCGGUAGCCAAAUGAAACUCGAUUUCACCUUGUUGAGAAUAACUAGCGUGAGAUAUUGGCCAACUGAGCUAAUUUGUCUAUAGAAGUUUGAUCAUGGGAAUCAAGGUUCAGCGUCCACGCUGCUUCUUUGACAUUGGCAUCAGUAACGUGCUGGUUGGCAGAGUUGUGGUAGAAUUGUUUUCUGAUGUCUGUCCCAAAACAUGUGAGAACUUUCGAUGCCUCUGCACAGGCGAGAAAGGAGUUGGAAAAGGUACACAAAAACCUCUGCAUUACAAAGGAUGCAUAUUCCACAGAAUUGUGAAGGACUUCAUGAUUCAAGGAGGAGACUUCAGUGAAGGCAAUGGAAAGGGAGGGGAAUCUAUCUAUGGUGGAUUCUUUGAAGAUGAAAGCUUCUCUGUCAAACAUAACAAGGAGUACCUCCUGUCAAUGGCAAACAGGGGCAAAGAUACCAAUGGAUCACAGUUUUUCAUAACAACAAAACCCACACCACACUUAGAUGGUGUCCAUGUGGUUUUUGGCCAAGUGAUCUCUGGACAAGAGGUCGUUCAGACAAUGGAGAGUCAAAAGACAGAUGCCGGCAGUAGACCAUACGCUGAGGUGAAAGUUAUGAACUGUGGCGAGCUCAUUCCAAAAUCGAAAGCAAAAAAAGAAGAGAAGAGAAGACAAAAGGCCAUCUCCAGUGGCAGCGACAGCUCAAGUGACUCUGACAGUUCUGACGUCUCUUCUGAAUCUGCAAGUGACUCUGAUAAAGAAUCCAAGAAACGGAAGAAGAGGCACAAGAAAGAGUCCAAGAAGAAGGACAAGAAACAGAAGAAGAAAGAUAAGAAAGGGUCUGAGCCCGGCAGUGGUGAUGAGAAAGAGGAAGAGGUUACUUCUACGGUACGACCAGAGGAAAUCCCUCCUAUCCCAGAAAAUAAGUUCCUUAUGAGGAGAAGUCCUCAGCAACAAAAAGAAGAGGCUGAGGCUGGAAAGGAGCGGGAAAAGGCUAGGGAGAGGGAAAAGCCUAGGGACAGAAUGUUUAAUUGUCAGUCAACAUAUAAGAGGAGACUUCUGAUGACAAGAUCAGGCAGGACGAUUAAAGGCAGAGGUCCAAGACGGUACCGAACUCCGUCACACUCCAGGUCAAGGUCAAGGGAUCGUUUCCGACGCAGCGAGACUCCUCCACACUGGCGCCAGGAGAUGCAGCGUGUACAAAGGGCACCAAGAGCAUCCAGUGGAGACCGCUGGAUCAAGGGUGAUAAGGGUGACAUGACAGAGAGCAGGAAUGAGAGUGGCAAAGCUCCAAGAGGAAGAGGGAGGAAGACUUCUGAAACCAAGCAUGAAAACACUGCUGAAAACUCCAAUCAAAACAGAGAGAAGGAGAAGAAAGGUCGCUCUCAUAGAUCCAAGAGCAAAGAAAAUGACCCUAAUAAAACUGAAGACAAGCAUAACAAACACAAGGCAAAGAAGGCCAAAUCUCGAAGCCGCAGUAGGAGCAAAGAGAAAAGUUGUAGGUCCAAAAGCAGAGAGAGGGAUCAGAAACAUGGCAAAAGUGAUGAUAAGAGGGGCCGCUCAAGAAGCAAGGACAGAAACCUAAAUAAAGAGAGAGCCACAGAGUCUGGAACUCAUGACUGUGAUAGAAGUAAAGAACGCGCUAAACCCACUGAGGCUGACAUUAAGAACAGAAAGGAGACAAAAGGGAGAAAUGGUGAGAAGCUGAGGACAAAGUCUAGAAGCAAGGAGAGGAACUCUGGAAAGAACCGAAACCGAUCUAACAGCAGAAGCAGGGACAGGGGGAGACGUGCCUCAUCUCGAGACAAAGAGCAAGCACGGGACAGAGAGCGAGGUAGGGAGCGCAGUAAGAGCAUGGAAAGACAGCACCACAGAGAGAGGGAGGACAAGAGGAGAGGUAGAUCCAAGAGCAGAGAACGGACAAGGAGUCCAGACAAGAAUAAGAGCAGGGACUCGCGUAGAGGCAGGCGCUCCAGGAGUAAGAGCAACAAUAGAGACCAUAGCAAAGACGGUUCAUCUCAUCAGAGGAAGAACAAAGACAGUGAAGACACUCACAGACGAAGGCGGUCCAAGAGCAGCAACUCGGAGAAUAAAGGGAAGGACAGAAGUAGAAAGAGCCCCAUCUCCAAGAAGAAAAGGGAUGGCAUCCCAGAAAAGGAGUCCUCUCACAAGUCCAAAGAUGCAGGGAAAAACCCUGAGCGGAAUCAAAAGUCAAAGAGCCAAGAGAAGGAUAAAAACCACAGCAAGAAAAAGAAGUCCAGUUCUGAUGAUAGUGAUUAGUCCACUAAAUGUUCAUUCCUGUCCAUCCUUGAACAUACAAAUGAAUGCGCUGAUGCCUAAUAAUGUGUGAGGUUCUGAUGUAGACCUAUUUUAGACACUUGUUAGAUAUCACAACAGAUCCAAUUCUGGAAUAUUUGUACAAAUUAAGAUUUCAUAAGAUUUGACAGCGGCUAAAAGCCAUUUUAUGUUUUAGUUAUUUUUUUUCCGCUGUCAGACUAAUUUGACAAAUGUUGGGAAUGUAAUGUUUAUUAAUGGUCGAGUAAGGAAGUGACUGAACAGGUGAGUGUUGGAAGGAACAUUUUUGUCAGGUUUUAUAAAACAUGUUCUCUUUCAGUCUGGUCUCCUACUGAGGGGACGUGAUUCCAUUGUGAUAAUUAUAAUGGAAGGGAUGAGUUUGUCUUUCUGGGCUAUAUGCCUGACUCAAGUAAUAUUACAUGUAUGACUAAUCAUAUGGUUAUUUUCAACAUUUUGAUUGUUUAAAUUACCAACAGUCUCAUUGUGACAGAACAUACUGUAAGUGAAACAUAUAAAAUGGUUUUGUAAAAAAAAAAAAAAAAAAAAAAAAAAAAAAAAAACUUUCCUUUUUAGUAUGCUGAUAUUUAAGUGGAGAUGUCAGAAGGCUCAAUUUGACUUGAAAGACAGGUAAGAGUGCAGACAUUUUGUGAAAUGAUUGGGGUGUUAGAUGCGUAUACCGUUUAGUUCUUUUUUUUUUUUUUUUUACCUGUUUCAGGGAACCAGAACUUUUUAUCUUGACCUCAGUCUCAAAUUAGUUUUGUAUAAUUGUAUCCAUUUUUGUUAGUAUUUUAUGUUCUGAUUUUCACCCAUUACAUCUUUCAAAAUGUUUAAAAUUCCUCACCAGAGCAAUGUGUAAAUACAUUGCUGUGAAGUUCCAUGUUAGUUCAUACUAGGUGUUAAAUUCCUGGGCAUGACUUUCCUUUAAACUAUAAAUGAAAACCACUGGCUUUGUAAAAACGGGCCGAAUUCAAUAUUCCCCAAUGAACCAUGUUUUAAAAUAAAAGGAUAUGGUUAAAAUGUU